AUGGAUACAAUCAACUCAACAUAAUAUCCCACUUUAAUUCAGAACAAUUUUAAAUUUUUCUCAAUAAAAGUUUUAAAAUUUAAAAAUUUAAAUAGAAUGCAAUAUUUCGAAUUUUAAUUUAUUUUUAUUAAGAAAUAAUAAAAAAAUCUAAUUAAUUCAGUAUAAAACUUGUAUAUGAUAUUUUAUUGCACCUCUUCCAUUAAAUUAGGCCAAAACUUGUUAUUUAAAAAUUAGUAUUUUAUCUAUAAUAUUACCAUUUAGAAUCAAUGAUUUGUUCCAAUUAAAAGGAGGGUUAAUAUACCAAAAAAAAUAGAAAAUUUACCAAUAUUUUGUUCUAAUUGAAGUGGGAGAGUUAUAGCAUGGAGGAUAAAAUCAGUAUAGACAGCAUUGAUGGAAAUGUAACAGAAAAAUCUCCAUCAUUGGCUAACCAAUGUCUUAGUGAGAGUCAAACUCAUAAUUUAGAAACUACCAAGGCUGAGAGUGUUCAUCGCACUCUCGUAUCUAUUCUGGUUAACGAGAAUAAAUCAAUUAAAUCGUUCAGCCACAGCUCGAGCCCAAAAGUUGAGAAAAGAAAAUCUGCUUGUCUUAACUGCAAUGUAUUUUAA